AUGUUAACUGAGGACGGAAAAGUUGCCGGAGCGAGCCAGACAACACAGUAUGACACCGACAGCACACUCCAGAGAACAUUGACAAAACUUACUCAUCUUGAUCUAACUGGCCGUGUGGCCCGUGUCCAAUACGAUACUACAGCCAUGCAAGCAAACGGUGAAUACUGCGAUGUAUUUGUCGGCACGAUUUCUAUGCAGGCUUCUAAAGACCCAUCCGAUAGAUUAGCCACCGUCCCAAAAUUGAAAGUCGCCAUCAAGCGGAUGCGUGUUCAUAUUCAGAAGGAACGGGAGUUCGACAAGCUUCUGGCAAAAGAGCUAUAUGUAUGGUCAAAGCUUGAUCACCCCAAUAUUUUACCGCUUCAAGGAUUCGCGCUGGAAGGAGCUUACCCGCUCGUGAUUUCGGAGUGGCUGGAGAAUGGGACGGUACGGGAAUAUUUGCAGAGCCACCCACAGCAAGAUGUUGGACCUAUGAUAGUCAAAAUUGCUGAUGCGGUAAAUUACUUGCAUGAGCAGGACGUUGUGCACUCUGAUCUCAAAGCGGACAACAUCCUGAUUGGUAAUCACGGAGAACCGUUAUCUGUGAUUUUGGCAUAUUAA